GUCAACCCAAUGUCUCAGUCAAGUGCCGGUGACAACUCAGUUGUGUUGGAUGAAUCCAAUGGGGCAUCAGAUUCAGCUUCCGACUGCGGAGAAGACCAGCAGACAUCACCAAGAAAGGUACCGUCAACUUCUGAAAAGAAACCAAAGAAUAGUCGUAGGACUACCUCCUUCGAAUUUACGCCAGAGAAUUUUAUCCGGCAUGCAUCCCCACCACAGAUGGCUGCCGUCACUCUUAUGCCCAGUGGGCAGAGAAGCACAGCGUCUUCCUCUCCUUACAAGGAAAUGCGUGGAAUGUCUCCCUUUUUCCACGUCAGUUCACAUCAGUCAUCAUCAGUCGCAGGCGAUUCACUGCUAGAAACCCAAAUGGAUCGUCUCGUACAUGAGAACUUAGGAUGUGCUUCUGCCUCCAGUCAACAGGCCUUCAUAGAACGAGCUAACGAAUCAGCGUGCACUCCCACCGGAUGGGAGGCCCCAGCUAGUCAUUAUGAAGUGGAUCACGAUCAAUGUGCUUAUGUCGAACAUCAAGACACAAAUCAUCCAGAAACCGUCCCGUACUCAAUUGCAAACGGAACUGGUGAUCAUCUUAUUUUCUAUCAGCCUUCCACACAAUCGAUUUCGCGGUCCUUUGUUUUCCCUUCGGUUGGAACAGUGGAUUCAUCGUUGAAAUAUGAGGACCCAGUGUCACACGAUCAAACACCGCUUUCACACUCAUCAAAUCAGAAUAUUGAAUUUCCAGCUGAAGCGCCAACUGAGAACUUUUUGGAAGUUAAUAUGCCUCUUACUUACAAAUCCGUUGCCUCUAAAGUGCAUGAUGAUUCUUUGAGCUCAAGCAGAGGAGACUUACCGUCCGAAUUUUCUUUGAACUGCACAGCUACAGAGGAUGCGCCUUUCCAAAGCUGUACGGAAUACAUUGCAAACAGCCCCUACAUGGUCAAUCACUUAUGCAGUGAUGACACUCGGCGAUCGUUGUCACUGCCUUCUUCAACUGAACAUCAUGAGGUACCUCACGUGAUUGGGCAACCAACAACGAAUGUGUUCAUUUCUCCGAGCACUAUGAAAAAUACGGCCAUCCAUGAACUAUCCUCUGUGUCACCCAAUGAUACAAUUAGCUUUCCUUUAUUAGGAUCAGUUGACUCAGCAUUCAAACGGGUAUCCGCGACUGUUGAAAACCGAGAGAACCAGAAGCUGUCUCCGGAGCCCCUAGUGUCAGCUGUACCGCUUUCGAGCGGAGAAUUCACCAAUUCCUCUCUACAUGAAGCACCAAAGUCUGAAAACAAUCAGUUACGGAGUUCCACAUGUUCUGUUCCUGGUGAUUCGUUAUUGGACUAUGCAAUCUCUCUACCACCCCACUUGAAAGCGCCAAAUAUGUUACCAAAUUUAGACCGAUGUUCUCCUGCGCAAGUCGUUGCGGCGACCGGCGGUGCACCGGUUGAUAUUCUUCGCCAAAUCGAAUAUGGUGAUGGAGAUGGGCGAGAUAAAAUCGAUAGGACGCGGACUAGUGACCAUCAACUCAUGAGUGAUCAGUCUGCCAGAGACGGCCUUCGUAGGGAUUCUACAAAUGUACCACAUUCAGCACACCAAACUUCCCCCACAACGCUUCCUCCGGUGAUCAACAUUCGUGUGAGGGUGAAUGCAAACCUGACUCCAACUAGCCCGGACGUUGUCGCAGCCUCAUCUGAAGUCAUAUUCGGAAACUUUCUAACCGAGUCCUAUCGGAUGGAAGUUGCUGCGUCCGCCAGAGCAUCCAUCAGUACGAGCACUUCGGGGACCACUGCCUCCACAUCGUCGUCCGCGCAAGCCUCGAACAACACGGAGCCGUCCACAUCUUCCUCUCGUGUAAUCCCGGUUGAAGAAGAUCCGUUCGGUUUGGAGUUCGCCUCUAUCCCCCGCAUGGAAGCGGUUGUUGCUCAUAAUCUUGCGCUUAUUGGGGACGAAAUCAAUCGAACGUACGGUGCCCGGUUGGAUAGUAUGAUUAAAAUCUUACCCACUGAUGAGUGCCCGCUGGAAAUAUUCUCGAACGUCGCUCGAGUACCUUGUUCGUUGCUCACUAGUUCUGUAAGAAAUAUGUUGUAA